UUGCUGAGAGGUAGACAUGAGUUUCGUUGAAGUUAAUUUCAUUUAAACUCGUUUAUUCGAGCUCUCGUAAUGUUUUAGUUCCGCUAAUUAAAGAAACAGAAUGAUUGUUUAACGACGCUUGUGAAUAUACAUGUUGCGGACCAUUUCUUCGUUGUUGGCUUAGUCUUAAUAUGUAUUUCUAGCUGACUUUUAAAAUACUUAAAGUAUUUUAAUAUACAUUUGAGACAUUUAGCAGGCGCUCUAAUCCGUAGCAGGUUUUAUCAGUACAAAUAGUUUUUUUUAAAGGUUUCUGUGUAAAUACUGGAAUAUAGCCUACCGAUGGAGCCAGUCUCGCUCGCAUCUUUGACCAUCGGUCCACAGUCGUGGCGAGAAAGAUCGAAGCAUUCUAUCCGUCGUGCGGAGGAACUGAUACGGCAGUCAGAUGCCAGAAGAUCCCGCUCUGCCAGUCCGUUUCGGUCACGCAGCUGCACAGUAGGCCGACUAUCUCAUGCAAAUACUCCUGUCCCUUUGGAAUUAAAUGAAGCAGAAAAAAGAUCGAGGAAGCACAGCGACAAUGGCAAUAGUACACAGCUAAUCCACAAGGUCAGACCAAUGACGACAGGGACUACGUGCUUCACUCUAGCCUCUGCCCCAUUAGUUGCCCCCUUUCCCCCACCCUGUCUGAGGGAGCAGUGCGCAGACGCCAGUGUGAGGGCUGCUGGGGAAUACAUGCGUGAAGUCAGAGGGGUGGAGGGGCAGUUACGUAGACAGGCCUGUAGAGUUGGUCAGGAAAGUGUAAAGCUAGAGAGGGAGAGGGGGUAUUUGGAGAGAAUGCUGAGAUCCCUAAGGAAAGAGCUGCUGGUGAACCAGAGAAGUUUGGAGGAGAGGACAUCGAGACCACCUACCACGGAGAAGGGCAGAGAUGGUGCAGACAGACUGCUGGACCGUGAGAAGAAGGAGCUGUCUGAGCUAAAGGCUCAGCUGGAGGGGACACUGAGAGACACACUCACACAGCUACAGGCCCUCAGUCAAAGCAAUAAGCUGUUACUGGAGUGUGCUAGUGAGAGAUCCUGUGUUUUGGAUCUUCUCCCACAUAGUGCAAUUAAUUCAGCUGGAGGCCGCUGCACCCCUUCCCAAGUUACCAUGAAACCGGACCCCACAGGACCCUACACCCCAGAAUGUAAGCAGGCAAUGGAAUCCUCAAACUCGGCCCUCACCCAAUCACAACUGCUGAGGGAACAGAUUCGGUGUUUGAUUGGUGAGGCUAUUGCGCGCCAAAAAUCAGCCCACCAAUUGGUGAAUGAAGGCCUGGUGAAGAAAAUAGCCGAGACGGUCAGCCUGAAGCAAAACCUCUCACUCAGCUCAGCCUCAGCCAGGCAGGCAAUUUACCGCAAGCAAAGACAACUGAACUGCAUUCAGCACAGCCAUGACAGAGCACUGGGUCCAGUGUCCCGUGCAGAUCUGUUGUCCAGAGAAAGACUUGACAGGCCAUUAGUCCAGGUCUACCACCGACACCCUGGCACUCAGUUGCCAGAAGCCAUGCACCUCAUACAGGGUGGCGCUGUGGUGCAGCGAUGUUUGCUCUCUUCAGGCGGAGAGCUGGCUCAGCUGUGCGGCACUCGACUGAAGUUAAUGGAGGACAUGCGAGGGAAGGGGGCAGCAGCCCAGGUGGACUCCUCCGUUGUGAGGCUCCGCCGUCGCCUGUUAGACCGGCGAAUGAUGCCUAGUUUCUUUCUACAAGGCACAUCUGCGUAGGGUAUUUCUCCAAACAGACAUCCUCCUUUGUGCCACUCGUAUUUCUUGCAGCAGCUCGUAAUUACUUUCUGUGGAAAAAUUCCUGGAAAUUGCACACCAGAAAAAUGUUUGGCUAGGUGUACCAAAUGUUAAAAUGUAUAAAUGCUUGAAAACUUGGGUUAUACAGUAGACUGAAUGUAUUACACAAAUCUUGGCCUUUGGGACCCAGUGUAUGAUGACUGUAAGUCUAAACUACCUCUUAAAAAUUGAAUAUCAGUUUGUUUCUCAAUAAUACCUAGAUAUUCAAUCAGUUAAAUUUACUGCUACAAUAAAAUGAAGUUAGCACACAAUGCCAGAAUUAGUCGUAUACAUCAUGAUUAUAUACAGUAGGAGUCAUUCCAUGCUAUGCAAGACAAAAAAGUCUGUUGUCUUGUGUUUAAACUUAACUGCUAUUUUUUCUGCUGAUUAGUAUACGCAGUGUUUUUGCAUAGUUUACAUUUAUAUUUCAAUUUCAAAUAUCCAACUCUCAAGCUUUUGGUAUGCUAGAGGGCUGGAUUUGUGGUGGUGGCCUUUCAGUUGAUGAUAAAUUGUUGAAAGUGUGUC